GAGCUUAGUACGAAAUCAAAAGUGAGUUGGACCGGUUGAGUGUCUGGUAAAACGGGUCUACUUUCAAACCCACACAUUCGACCUGGAUAUUGUGAUGCAACUGGACUUAUUUUGAUUGCCAAUAUUGACUUUAGCUUCCUUUUUUAAACGCCAAAAUGGCCUUACGUAUUUUGUCCCACCAACUACGGAGCUUGGGUAAAAUUAGCAAUGCCCAAAGAGCUUUCGCCUCAUCCAGCCACCAACCUACCUUCAAUUGGGAGGAUCCACUGAACUUGGAAUCACAACUAAAGGAGGAUGAGAUUGCCAUCCGGGAUUCGUUCCGAGUGUACUGCGAGGACAAGCUCAUGUCCCGGGUAAUUCUGGCCAACAGGGAUGAAGUGUUCCACAAAGAGAUUAUGAAAGAGCUGGGAUCGUUCGGGGUUUUGGGUUGCACCAUCAAGGGUUACGACUGCACCGGCGUGAGUAAUGUUGCCUACGGGCUACUGACCCGCGAGGUCGAGCGCAUCGAUUCCGGUUAUCGGUCGGCCUUUAGCGUUCAGAGUUCCCUCUGCAUGGGUGCCAUCUAUGAUUACGGAAGCGAGGCACAGAAGGAAAAGUAUCUCCCUAAAAUGGCCAAGGGUGAACUGAUCGGUUGCUUUGGCUUGACGGAACCGAACCACGGCAGUGAUCCUUCUUCGAUGGAAACGCGAGCCGUGCACGAUCCGAAAACUAAGACCUACGUGCUGUCGGGUAGCAAGACGUGGAUCACUAACUCACCAGUGGCGGACGUGUGCAUCGUGUGGGGUAAAACCGAAGAUGGCAAAGUUCGAGGAUUCAUCGUCGAUCGUGAGCAGAGUUCGGAGGGACUGUCGACGCCGAAGAUCCAGGGAAAAUUUUCGCUCCGGGCUUCCGAUACCGGAAUGAUUCUGAUGGAUGAGGUCCGUAUUCCGGAGGACAACAUUUUGCCGAAUGUUUCCGGAAUGCGAGGACCAUUCGGUUGUCUGAACAAUGCCCGCUAUGGAAUUGCAUGGGGUGCUCUGGGGGCGGCGGAAGCUUGCUUGAAGGUGGCCAGGCAAUACACGCUGGAUAGGAAGCAAUUCAAGAAACCACUGGCAGCGAACCAGUUGAUGCAGAAGAAGAUGGCCGAUAUGUUGACGGAGAUCAGCUUGGGACUGACGGCUUGCUUGCAUGUGGGUCGUCUGAAGGAUCAGAAAUUGCACACGCCGGAGAUGAUUUCGAUGCUGAAGAGAAACAACGCUGGCAAGGCGCUGGAUAUUGCCCGUGUUGCCCGGGAUAUGCUGGGUGGCAAUGGCAUUUCCGAUGAGUACCACAUUAUUCGACACGUUAUGAAUCUGGAAGCCGUGAACACGUAUGAAGGUACCCACGAUAUUCAUGCUCUGAUCUUGGGACGAGCGAUUACCGGUAUUCAGUCAUUUGCUUAAGAACGAAGUCUACUUUGGCAACAAUGUGAUACGAUGUGAGCAUUUUUAAAUAAUAAAGAGCGUGCAAGAGCAA